AUGGUGCAGCGGCUCACAUACCGAACGCGUCACAGCUACGCCACCAAAUCCAACCAGCACCGCAUCGUCAAAACCCCCGGGGGUAAGUUGGUUUAUCAGACCACCAAGAAGAGAGCCAGCGGUCCAAAAUGCCCUGUUACUGGCAAGAGAAUCCAAGGGAUUCCUCACUUGAGACCUGCAGAGUACAAGAGGUCUAGAUUAUCCAGAAACCGCAGGACUGUGAAUCGGGCUUAUGGUGGUGUGUUGUCUGGAGGUGCUGUUAGAGAGAGAAUCAUUCGAGCUUUCUUGGUGGAAGAGCAAAAGAUCGUGAAAAAGGUUCUGAAGAUCCAAAAGGCCAAGGAAAAGCAGGCAGGCAAGAACUAA